AUGCCAACUGAUGAAGGACGAGAAGUUACAACUUGUGACGACGAUGCUGACACAGAAGAUGCAACAGACGAAGAUGCAACAGACGACGAUGCUACAACAGAAGACGACGAUGUUACAACAGCAGAAGACGAUGUUACAACAGCAGAAGACGAUGUUACAACAGCAGAAGACGAUGUUACAACAGCAGAAGACGAUGUUACAACAGCAGAAGACGAUGUUACAACAGCAGAAGACGACGUUACAACAGCAGAAGACGAUGUUACAACAAAUGGCGAUGAUGGUACAACAGACGGAGUAGAGGCAUCUUUAUGUGGUGAAGUUGCCACCACUAGAGAUUCUGACAAAACACAUCCACCUAAAAACAAGAUCUUAACUUGUCAGAGCCUACAAUAA